UUGAAAAACGAACCCCCCCCCCAAUAUAAAGCUGGCUACGGGCCUGUAUUAUUAUUAUAAUUAUAGUUUUAAUAAAGACACGACAUGUCCGGGCGUUGCUCUCGGCUAAGCUGAUCACAGCGCCGAUGAUAACCACGUUUACGGUUCAAGAACCAGCACAACUGGUUGCGCUGGUGUUUAUGCGAUUGACUGGUCAUGCCCGCAUCAAUACUUGACAGUCAGUCCGACCGGUCUCAGUCACUCUGAAAGUGCUGGUUGUUGUUGGACGGACGCACACGCCGAGUGCCAGAAUGCGCAAUAAUUGCAAGCUGUUGAACUUUGUCAUUGUGACGGGACUUGUUGCCUUUAGUGUGUUCACGGUGCUCAACACAGAGUACUGGCUUAUAUUUAACAAGUUUGCACACACGGGAACAGGACGUGGUGACGUCUUGAUGGUCAAUGCUUCUACAGAAAACAGCAAUGAACCUACAAAAGCACACCGGAAAGUGAUCAUAAUCGUAUCAAGAUAUAGAUCCGGCUCCUCGUUCACUGGCGAGAUAUUCAACAGCGACCCGCGAAUCUUCUACAUCUACGAGCCUCUGCACGGCCUCUUCGACCACAAGAACAUCUCUCGGCAGACGAGGCGGUUCGGCCGGGUGGGCGGUACGCCUCUCAAGCUUGACGUGCUGCGCGCCCUCGCACGAUGCAACGGCAGCCGCUACUACGCACCGCGAACCGACCUCCUGACGGCCUCCCGCGCGGUUCGCGACGCCAUGAUGCACGACGAUGACAAGCGCCCCCUGUCGCGACGCAUCGUCGAGCAUGCAGACCCGGACUUCCUCACCCGUCUGUGCCGGCGUCACGAACACGUCGCCAUCAAGACGAUCCGCGUUAGGGUCGCCGAGAUCGCCGACCUCGUCGCGACCUUCAGCGACGACGUCGACCUGAAGGUCAUCCACUUGGUGCGCGACCCUCGCGGCAUGAUCGCGUCGUGGAUGGGCGGGCGCGGCGUGACGUCCAUGCGCGAUUCCUCGUGGCUGUGCCGCGGCAUGCUGGCGGACGUGCGCGCGGGGGAGACGCUGGCACGCUCGUCGCCGCACGCGUACAUGCGGCUACGCUACGAGGACCUCGCCGCGCGACCGCUCGCCACCGCACGACGCAUGUACACGUUCGUCGGCAUGGCGAUGAGCGACGCGACGAUGCGGUGGAUCCGCGACAACACAAACAACGAGACGUCGGUGUUGUUCGCGGCCAAGGAGCGCCGCAAUGGACAGUUCAGGAGGAACUCGACGGCUACAUCGCUUGCGUGGCGCACCCGCAUGCGCCCCCCGCUCAUACACGUCAUCGAAAACAACUGCCACGAACUCCUAAAGCUCGUCGGAUUUCAGCUAACGAGCUCGCACGCAACGUCAACGAACAUCACGCAGGGGUACUAAUGGGGAAUGUAUACUGAUUGAGGAAAAUCUAUGUGGUCCACAGACGCGCUCAGAUCUUUAUCGAAGAUAGUGUAUUCUUGUGUCUUCGAGAAUAUAGAAAACGGUAAUUUAUAAAAACUGUACAAUGCAGUAUAUAUGUUGAAUAAUAAAACUGGUUUAUAUUGUUGCAUUAUCAUAA